UGUAAAUGUGACGUGUAGUACGAGUACAAAAAGUAAAUAUGUGCUCGGUCAUUCUAGUUGCCUACAAAUUAUCUACGUGUAUUUGAACUGGCAGCUAAACGUUGACAAUAACGUGAUCAGUUACAGAUGGAAAUAUAGCUACAUAUAUCCGUUACAAAAGUUAUCAAUUAUUCUACAUUUUAUUUCCCACGCCCCCAAAAAUGGAUCCCAUACUUGUGACAGCUCUUAUGAUUGUGACGAUCUACAUGAUUCUAUUCUACAUAGAGAAUCGGAAACCAAAAAGGUAUCCAGCAGGCCCCGUGAGGUUCCCAUUCGUCGGAAACUUUCCGCAGCUUCUUUGGAAAAGAUUGGUAAAUAAACGGCUACGACAUGAAAUCUAUCAAGAUUAUGCUAAAGACUAUGGAUCAAUGUUCUCACUCAAGUUUGGACCGUACAAUUGUGUGGUGCUAAACGAUCCCAAGUUGAUAAAGGAGGCUUGGAAUAACUACCAACUUUGUGGUCGACCUAAACUAUCUGGUUCCAGUGUCAGGACGGGUGGUACUGUUAGAGGAAUUUUAUUCCAAGAUGGAUUAGAAUGGAUUGAGCAGCGUCGUUUUGCACUUCGUCACCUGCGAGAUUUUGGAUUCGGAAAGAAAUCCAUGGAGCAUUUAGUUCUCGACGAAAUUUCUGAACUCGUAGAAAACUUGAAAAAAGAUGCAGGACGGCCAAUCUCAACGCAAAAUAGGUUUAACAUUGCCGUUCUUAAUUCUCUGUGGAGGAUUGUGUCAGGACAAAGGUUUUCACAUGAUGAUAAGCAACUCGGAAAUAUUAUGGAGUCGAUUAACAACUCACUUAAUGCACCGGCCAUGGGCUUAAUGUUUUUCUUCCCAUGGAUAAAAGAUUUUGCACCAAAUGUUAUCGGGUGGAAUAAAUAUGUCGAAGUGGUUUUAGUCGCGACAAAUUUUGUAUCCAAAUAUGUCAAAGAAAGAUUACAAGUUUUAACUGUGCAGGAAGAACCACAAGAUUUUAUAGAUGUUUACAUUAAUGAAAUUAAGACUACAGGAGAUGCUCACUCGAGUUUUUAUGGAAAACGGGGAGAGGAAACGAUGGUGGGGACCUUGUUGGACCUUUUCGUCGCUGGGGCAGAAACUACCUCAACAACGCUUACGUAUUUCUUCCUGUACAUGGCUCUCUUUCCGGAGAAGCAGGGAAAAGUUGCGGAGGAAAUUGAAAGAAUUGUGGGCUCUCGUCAUCCUAUGCUGAACGAUAGAGAUUCAAUGCCAUACACUGAAGCCACGAUAAUGGAGACAUUAAGAUUUUCGUCAAUGGUUCCGCUUGGAAUUUUUCACAGAGCAUUGGAAGACACGGAACUGGGAAAUCAAGUCAUUCCAAAGGACACAUUCGUCGUGGCCAACUUUGCCACAGUUCAUCGUUCCCCGGAGAUUUGGAGUGACCCAGACAACUUCCGACCGGAACGAUUCUUGUCAGAAGAUGGACUUGGAGUUAUUAAAAAUGAUUCACUGAUGCCGUUCUCGUACGGGAAGCGACUCUGUUUGGGAGAGUCGUUAGCUAAAGACGAACUAUUUCUGUUUACCACAUCAUUACUGCAGCAAUUUAGCGUUGGCCCUGAUCCUACUUGUGCUACACCGUUAACUUCGGAGCAAAUUUGUGCUAAUAUUAUUUCACAUCCUAAACCUCAUAAUUUGGUUUUUAGUCUGAGGAAUUGAUGAAUUAAUGAUUGUAAGAGUUGUGUUCCUGGUUGCUGUAGAGUUUUGUUGGAUGUUCUCGUACAUAUAGUCUGAAAUUAUUAAAAAGAUUCAAAAGCCUUUUUAUUAAUCAUA